AAAUGUCGUCUAAUAAGCGUAUCCGAGAAACUGUUGAAAUGGAGAGUAACAACAGCAAGAUAUCAAAAAGCUGCCUUUAUGAAAACACCUCAACUGCUCUCUUGAAACUUCAACAGAAUAGCCAUCCUUUUGGAAAAACAGAGCCUACAUCCACUACUAGCCAUUCGCUACUUGAAAAUAGUCAACCCAACAUUCCACAACCUAACCUAACCAACAAUACUCUUGAACGUUAUUUUCAAGUUUCGUACGAGUGCACUUCUAGUUUGGAGACUCACAAGGAACCGACACCAAACAACUGUAUUUGUACAUAUUCUUCGUGUGUCAUUUGUCUAGGUUCACAUUCAACAUACUAUCAAACAUGUGAGCGCUGCUUUCGGAAUAUUUGCAAUUUUUGUUCUAGAAGAUGUGACGAAUGUAUUGGAGUUUUCUGUAUGUUUUGUUCCAUAGUGAACUAUCAAUAUCGAUUUGAGCGUACUCAAUGCAUGGAUUGUCAGAAUAUUGGCGGUGUAUAGUCGGUUGAUUGUUCUUUUGGAUA